AUGGUUCUCUUUGAUAACUCAAGUGAGAGUCACAACUGUGUGCUCUCACUUGGAGGAUUCAACUUGAAAAUCAAAUUACGAAUUAUUUGCUGUGGCGAAUUCAAGUUGAAUAUUGUGCAUGCUAAUGGCUUUUAUGCGUGUCUUGAUGGAUCGGCUGUGUGUCCAUCUUCUCAAAUUCGAAAUGAUGAGGGAAAUCUAGUUCCUAAUUCUGCGUAUGCUUUGUGGACUCUCAUAGACACUCAGUUGCUUUCCUGUUUAACUACAUCUCUUUCACCUACAACUUUACCCUACAUUCUAGGGCUACAUCAUACACAUGCCGUAUGGGACUCUUUGUCCCAUCGAUACAAUACAUUGUCUAAAAGUAAUGUUCAAGAUCUCAAGAACAAGUUGUACAAUCUCACAAAGACUUCAACUAUUGAGCGUUAUGUUGAUACUAUAAAGGAGUAUGCCCAAAAGCUUGCUGCUGCAGGGAGUUCUAUUGAUGAUGAUGACCUAAUUUUCCAUACUAUUAGAGAUUUACCUCCUGUUUUUAAUGGUUUGAAGACUACUGUACGUGCUUUACAAACCAGUGGUCAAAAUAUUAUUUUCAAUGAUGUGGUUAAUAUACUUAAGGUGAAGAUAUUUAGCUUCUUCAAGAUCCACAUACAACAGGGGUGGACACUAGUUCUGUGCUUGUUGCUCAUACUCAUCAACCAGGACAUGUUGCUAGUUCUUCUACUUCUGGGGGUCAACCUUGGUACUUUGACAGUGGGGCUACAAAUCACAUUACCAACAAUAUUUAGAAUUUAUCUCAUCCUCAACUUGCCAAUCCUCAAGAAGGCGUCAUGGUGGGUAGUGGUUCACAACUUUAGGUUCUUCACAUUGGCAAAGGAUUGCUUCCAACACCUUCAGGACAAGACUUCUCACAGAACUUUGUACAAGGGACUUUGUCACAAGAGUCAGUACCCACUUUUGACCUUCUAUGAGUCUUUUUCUACUCGUCCUCCCACAGCUUUUGUAAGCAUUUCUUCUCCUUCUGCUAUGCUUUGGCACCAGAAACUUGGUCACCCUAGUCUUCUUUUGUUUCAAGCCUUAAUAAAACAACAUAGUUUGCCAGUUUCAAAACCUCAAUUGGUGAAUUGCAGAUGUUGUAAUAUGGCUAAAAGUCAAAAACUUCAGUUUUCAGUUUCAGUUUCUGCUACUAGUUCACCUUUUCAAUUGAUUCAUAUGGAUGUGUGGGGACCAUCCCCCAUUCCUUCACAUAAGGGCUUUCGAUAUUAUUUGUUGCUUGUUGAUGAUUUCACUAGAUUUACUUGGCUAUUUCCUUUUCACUAUAAAUCAGAAGUCAAAAAAGUUAUUGCUCAGUUUCAAGCUUAUGUUUCUACACAAUUUCAUACUACAGUUCAAACUUUUAGGAGUGAUAAUGGGGGUGAAUUCAUAAAUCACUUUCCUCUCGUGCUUUUUCUUACUAAAGGCAUCAUUCAUCAGACUUCAUGUCCCCAUACUUCAGAACAGAAUGGUCUAGCUGAAAGAAAGCACAGACAUCUCAUUGAGACUACCAUCACUCUUCUUUUGCAAUCUCAUUUACCCACCUCUUUUUGGCUUGAAGCUUUGACUACAACAGUGUAUCUGAUAAACAGGAUGCCUCAUACUAGUCUCAAAUUUCAAGUUCCAUAUACCAUGCUUUUUCAUAGUUCUCCAGAUUAUCUGUUUCUUAAACCAUUUAGGUAAUGUUGCUACCCUUGGUUAAAGCCUUAUGUGUCUAAUAAAAUUAUUCCUAAAUCUACUCCUUGCAUUUUUC